AUGGAAGCCAUGCUGUGCAGUCUCUGCGUGGGACUGGACAUUGACGGCGCUAUGCGGCGUCUUGAGAAUCGGCACGACACUGAAGCUUGCGGUUCAGUACAGGUAGGAUCAGAGUGGCACCUAACUCUUGCGGCCGUGGACGAGUCCUCGGAAUCGUGCGAUCUUUGCCGGGUAAUCAUGAAAGGCUGGCAGCGGAGCAGGGAAGUGGUGGUUGAAGAAGCUAUCAGAGAGGCUAUGUUUGACCCUCAAACUCCGCCGCCAGAUUUACACGACCCUGUUUUUGAAAUCCGGCAGUACAGGACGGAGUCUGAGAUUACCCUUGAGCUCGUGAAGCAACCUAGGGUAGUCUACGACGGUCGCAAGAAUGCGUCCAGCCUCUUCCUGCGCGUUCAAUGCAGCCCGGCAACCGCAAUCACUUCGUUUGAUGCCCUCGAUCCGGUCACGGCCGAGUUGCGCGUUGUCCAUUCAGGAUCUAACCACAGCUUGGACAGUUCUCUGCCUCCUCGUCGUACAGACGCCCUCAUUUCGCCAGAUCCGCUGUCCCAGCAGAGCCUGGACAUUGCUCGAGGUUGGCUGGACACUUGCGUCAGUACCCACGGACCGGCGUGUAAUGCUAAUCCUGAGGGAUGGAUGCCAACCCGCGUGCUGGAGAUACUAGUCCCUGAUGGCAACAGGAUCUGCCUGCGCAAAGCACAGGCGCUCCCGGCCGACGACGACCGUCGUUACGUCGCCCUCAGCCACUGCUGGGGACAGGAUGGCACGCCUUUCACCUCCACGCGCGGGACGCUGCCUUUGCGGAUGGAGGGCAUUGACGUCACCACGCUGCCCAAGACGUUUCGGGACGCUGUUGCCCUCGUGCAGAGACUUGGCCUGCGCUAUCUGUGGAUCGACAGCCUUUGCAUUGUCCAGGACGACUUCGACGACUGGGCGCGCGAGUCGGCCCAGAUGGCCAACGUUUAUCGACGUGCCCAUCUCGUGCUCAACGCCGCCAACAGCCCGGGAGACACGGCAGGAUUUCUCUCGGAGCGGGUUGUUCUAGACACGGUGCUCUUGCCUCCUCCUCCUCUUCCAACGACCGGUCUGGGUAGUAGUGAACAACAGCUCGGUCUUCAGCUGCGGUCCCCGCCCGGAAAACGCUGGCAUGACCCAUCCGGGCCGGACAACCUCGCGGGCGAACCGGUCACGGCACGAGCCUGGUGCCUUCAAGAGCGCUACCUCCCCACUCGCGCCCUGCAGUACGGGACAUACCAGGCCUUCUGGGAGUGCGAGAGCAUGCGCGCCAGCGAGGUCGGCGACGCUGUCGCACAAGAAAUUGAAGGCGGCCGCGGCGGUCGCUUGACGCGCCUCUGCCGGACGGGAAACGGGGCGGCCGGCUCGGGCUCGGUCUUUGCCCGGCAACGCCGUGAUCCGCGCUACGAAGGUGGCAGCGAUUCCGAAGACGUCGCCUGGAUCGGAUGGUAUAAAAUAAUCGAGGACUACACCGCCCGGCAGAUUACCAAGGCGACGGAUCGCCUUCCCGCCCUGUCCGGCCUUGCACAAGCCGUUGCCAGCAAAACGCAGCCCGGCAACCACUACCUCGCCGGCCUGUGGCGGUUCGGCUUGCUGGAGGGACUGCUCUGGUGCAAGGCCCGGCCCGGCAGCCAGGCGCUGGUGCAGCCUGGCUUGCUCUACGUGGCGCCGUCCUGGUCGUGGGCGUCUGUUGCCGGGCCCGUGCAGUUCCCCAUCUACACGUGGUACACCAAGCGAGCGCGCUGGAAGGCAAAGAUGGCCGACUUUGAGCCCCUAGCCGAGUACCUGGGCCACUCAACCCAAAGAUUGGACGCUGACCCUUACGGGAGGCUGGGGCUUAGCCGGCUCUUGCUUAGGGCGCCCGUGUUGCCUGUCGAGUCCAUCCGGACCCCGCGGCCGCGCACCGCUCCUGGGCUGGAAUCCCUGUUUGGACAGGAGCCGGCGCGCUCCGAGGUGGCUGAUGUCGUGGUGCAAAUGCGGACUGGAUCUGGAAGUAUCUGGAUUGAAGGAGGGUUUGAUCGUCCGAACCAGAGCGCGGCUAUCAAGACCAAGAAACUGUCCGUUGUGCUUCUUACCCGUCUGCCCCAUGUCCUUGAGCAUGGUUUUAUUGAGCAUCGCUUUGGGCUCAUACUCAAAAGGGUGGAGACAGGUAGUAACAAGUACCGGCGGGUUGGUUUUGUCGACGGCGUCGUGCUGGAGAAGAAGUCGACGCUUGCCGCCAUGAUGCUGGGACGUGAGCCAUUUUCGAUUGUCGGGUAUCCCCGGCCGCACGAAGCUGGCGAUAUUGACGGUGAAGGGCGGGAUAAUGACCUUGCGAGGGACCCUCUUAAGCUGGAGAAGACGAAGAUCACGAUAAUUUGA